CACCCAUGGAUGAUUUAGUGGUGCCGGUUUGGGGCCUGCAAAUUCUAUGCAAUCCAAUUAUAAGAACUCGUCUCCCACGCGCUCAUUCUGAAGAGAAGGAGCAUAGCAGCAUCCGAGCAUACAACAAUCAGCAGCAGCUUUCGCGCCUUCACCAAACAUGCAGACUUUCUCUGAUAUCCCAAGAUACUACACGUGCGCAAUUCCAUCAUGUACCCAACCCGCCAUUCGCUGUCGCAGAUGUGCUGUCUGUAAGAAGCACCGUUGUGCGCGACAUGAAGCUCGCCGGUACCACUACUGCCCGUCUGACGGGGAGAUUAGUGACGAAGACUGGAACAAGCGCAUUGCUGAUGAGGUUGCGGACAUCCUCGCCAAGCUGAACAUACCAGCUUUGCUUGACCUCGCUCAAAGCUUGAAUGACAACAAGCUAUGUGUGUUUGAACCUGGUCAGUACUCACCGCCGUCGGCUUCGAUCAUGGGUGGGACCAACUAUCAUGCAUGGCUCAUCUUCGAGGAUGGAGAGCGAUGGCUUCUUCGGACCCCACGGGUUGGCCUCGACCUCGUGCCACCGGAUGUGUUUGAGUACAUUGUCACUAGCGAAUACGCCACGCUCAAGUUCCUCGAGACGACUUCAAUCCCAGCACCCCGCGCAUUCAGCUUCGGUCUUUCUUCAGAUCCGGCCAACAAACUUGGCAUCGACUACCUGCUCAUUCAGGCUCUCCCCGGUCGCCCGUAUAAGCGCGGAGAUGCAACGCUGGGGCAAAGCAAUCACGUGCUGGAACAGAUUGCCGAUAUGAUGAUUAAGCUAAGCCAACUGCCCUUUUCUGCCGCAGGCUCUCUCAUUACGUCGUCCGAAGGCAACACCAAGAUUGGUCCCGUCUCAAGCAAUCGCUUCAUACACCUGUACCCCUCUGGACCACAUAACAGUCCCACUGACUACUUCGCUGACACGGCACGACAAUAUCUCGAUCUCAUUGCUGAUGGACAGCUGCACGAGCGCUGUCCGGUGGAGGCAUAUCUAUUCUACUCCCUCCUGCUGUCUCGCAGCGAAGAACUGUCACCCAAGGCCGGCGCCGCCACUGAUAUGGAUGCGUUGCACUCAAGAUUCUUCCUCAAGCACGUUGACGACAAGGAUGACCACCUCCUGGUCGAUGAUGACCACAACAUCACGGGCAUCAUAGACUGGCAGUCUGCUCGCAUUGUCCCUGCUAUCGAGGCCUUUGGACCGUCCAUCCUCACGUCGGACUUGGACCGCUUGGUCUCCGGGAAAGGCGGUUUGACGCAGGACGACCGCAAGCUUGCAGAUGCGUUGCGGUCUCGGGGACACGAGGGUCUGGCCCAGUGUGUGGAAGUGGGCGAUCUGGUCCGAACCUUCAUGUUUGGGCCUGAUGCCGACUCGUCACCGGCUCAGGCUCGUGCGUUUCUAGGGAAUAUGCUUCCUCGUCUUGGUAUACACGCCAAAGUGGACCAAUGGAUUCAAGAACAGCAAGAACUGUUCAAAAAGACAGAGAAGGGUCGCAAAGUACUGUCAAAGAUCCAGGAGUUGCUUGAUCUGCAAAAAGAAUAGGCCUGUUUGUGAAUUCAAUCCUCAUUCUUGACCAUUGAAGCUUAGUGUUUUCCCAAUGA